UAGAAAUUUUGGAUUAUUCAAAGGCUGCAGGUCUAAGAAUUAAAAUGAGUGGAAAAAUUAUUGUUUGGAUUGUAUUUCUGACACUGAUAACCUUAACCUUUGGAAGAAAGGAAACAUGUCCUCCUGAAGAAAACUUUUUCGAAGGUUGCGUCUGCGAUUGGAUGAAGGGAGUUACUUGCAAUGAUAUUAUGAGUCCUCAAAGUUUGCAUGCAAUUAUGAAUGUUCUCGAUGGAUAUGCAGUUUCUUCAUUUAAAUUGAUCGGGGCAUUUCUAAUGUAUUUACCGAAAGGAAUGUUCAGAAGGAUACCGAUCAAAUCAUUAGAAGUUCAAAACAGCGAGAUCUUAGGUUGGGAAACAGAAGAUGGAUCGAAGAUGUUUGAAGGGGUCGAAGACAGUUUAGAAAAAAUUUAUAUGUAUCAAGUGACAGGAUUGACUUCGUGGAGAUGGUCCGUCUUUUCCACGUUAAAAAAUUUAAAAUAUUUAAUGGUUAGAAGAGCGGAAGUUGGCCAGAUCGGUGAAGAUUUUGCUUUGGUAGCCUCUACAAAAUUAAAAGAACUGUAUUUGGAUUAUGCUAACAUUAAGAGCAUACAUCAAGAAGCUUUCGUUAAACAAGAAGAAUUGGAAAAGAUAAGUUUGAGUGGUAACGAUAUCACGGAAUUAAAGCGCUCCAUGUUUCCCAAUCCAGCAAAAAAAUUAACAGAUAUUGAACUUACCGAUAACAAAUUGAAGUCUCUACCAGAUGACAUAUUCACUGGGAUGCCAGAAUUGCUUCGUGUAAUUUUACUGAACAACAAAAUACAACGGCUAUCAGAAAAUACAAUUUAUCCUCUUUCGAGAAGACAGUGGAUUAUGAAUUUGAUUGCUAACGAUUUAUAUUGUUGUUCGGAUAUGAAAUGGGUUGUCGAGCAAGAUUUCCAGAAGCAUAUUAUUGGAACCUGUCAACAUCCACACGCUUUGAUGAAUAAGAAGAUCGGAGAAUUAACUGAAAUCGACUUUACUCACGAUAGUGCCUUAAGAAAGUACCUUACUUGGGUUGUGUUGUUAACUCUUUGCAAGACAAUAAAAACAAGGAAAGCAGGCUGUCCUCCAGAGGAAAAGAUGCCACGUUGUGUUUGCGACUGGCCUAGAGGAAUAAUCUGUAACGGUAUCAUGAGUCAUCAAGAAUUGAACAUAAUAAUGGAUGCUCUUUCUGAAUAUAAAGUUUCUACACUCAGAUUGAACAGAGCAAUUCUGAUGUAUCUUCCAAGUGGGAUGUUCAAAGAAGUUCCAAUUAGAGCAUUAGACAUUAGAAAAAGUGAUGUUCUAGGCACAGAAAGCGAAGAUGGAUCGGUAAUGUUUGAAGGCGCGGAAGAUAGUUUACAAGUCAUUCGUUUGUUUUCUGUGAAAGGAUUGAAUUCUUGGAGAUGGAUCGUACUUUCCACAUUGAAAAAUCUACAGUUUUUGUAUAUUUUAAGAGGCGAGUUGGGCUACAUCGAUAAAGAUUUUACAAUGGUCGCACCGGAGACAUUAACCCAGUUAAGGCUGGAAUUUUGUGAAAUAAGAAGCCUUGAUAAGCACGCAUUUUCAAAGCACAUAAUGUUAAAGGAACUAAGUUUGCAGGACAACGAAUUAACGGAAAUUAAACGUUCUAUGUUCCCAUUACCAGCUUCACAUUUGAUGGAUUUGCUUCUUGAUGAAAAUAAACUGAGCACCCUUCCAGCAGACAUGUUUACGGAUAUGCCAGCUUUGUACAAAAUUUCUUUAAAAAAUAAUAAAAUUAAACAUCUUUCUCUCGAUACUUUCAAACCUCUUACAGGAAGAGAGUUCAGCAUCAUUCUAAAUGGGAACGAUCUUUAUUGCUGCUCCGAUUUCUCUUGGAUCGUAAAGGAUGACGUGCAAAAAUACUUUGAAGGUGAAUGCAAACAUCCACAAGUCGUGGAUGGAAAAAAGAUAAAAGAUAUCAAAGGAAAAGAUUUUUUACAUAAACUCUGUUAGAGUUGCUGUCGUUUCUAAAGAAAUAAAGUCGUUUAAGAUAUAAAAUAUGAAAAAUAUGUAAAUAUAAUUAAUGUAUUACUUGUGUUAGAUAAGGUUUUUCAAGUAAUAAACACGUAUGUUAAUUUGAUUAAUGAUAGACACUUGAACAUGUACAACUAGCAACUUGAUGAGCAUAUUGAACACGUCUUUUAACACUUUGUGGACACUGCAUUUAAAUGAAGUUAGGCCAAAACUGAUACUUC